AAAACACGUGUUAUUAUUCUUAUAGGAAGGAAGAAACAGAAGCUUGCCAAAGAGAGAGCAGGGCUUUCCAAGCUGCCUGAUCUGAAGGAUGCUGAAGCUGUUCAGAAGUUUUUUCUUGAGGAGAUCCAGCUUGGGGAGGAACUACUAGCUCAAGGUGAAUAUGAGAAAGGUGUUGAUCACUUGACCAAUGCCAUUGCUGUGUGUGGACAGCCGCAGCAGCUACUACAAGUUCUACAGCAGACUCUUCCACCACCAGUGUUUCAAAUGCUUCUAACUAAGCUCCCUACAAUAAGCCAGAGAAUUGUAAGUGCACAGUGCUUGGCUGAAGAUGAUGUUGAAUGAGGUCACACAACAACAGGGGGAAAAAGUGUUUUCUUACCCCAGAAGAUGAGCAUCAGUAGGGGGGAUAAAGGGGCAAACAUAGUAGAUAAUGGACUGUGUACCACAUCGGGUUCUACCAGAGUUAAAAUUAACUUUGUGUAGGUGGGUUUCACAGGAUUUUAUUUAUUAUCCCAGUGAAAAGUGUAUUUUGAUAAAAAUUCAUUUUAUAAAUACACUGUGUUGAGUUAUCAAAGUAUCACUAACUUCAUUAUUAUUAAAAUAUGCAGUUGUAAUGUUGUACAUAUAAAGACGUAAAGCUACAACCUAUUGAAAACCCAAUGCUCAUUUUUUGAAGAAAAAAAAAAAGAAUUAAAGAAAAAAGUUAUGGCAAUAAAGAUUUAUCCACA